AUGAUGCAAAUACGUGAUUUGGGACAAGGAUUUCGAGGGUAUCAUCUGGAAGCUGCCAAUUUAUCGAUCGACUAUAUAUUUACAAUCCAGCACCUCAUUCUUGAAUGUGUCAAUUUCAUGACUUUGAUCGAAAAUUUAUUGGAAACGUACGUUUCAAUACUUCAAACUUAUACAUCAGCUCAAUAUAACAUCGGAUUCAAUUUCAACAGAUUUUCCGGUGGAGAAAAUAUCAAGGGAAUGAAGUUCAUGAGUGAAAUUGAAUGGAAAUUAAGCUCUUGUUGCAUUCAACAUGUAGAAAUUUAUGCUACAACAUAA